AUGGUCGGCGCUGCUUCAAAGUCUGGCAGCAGCAUGCUGGGUGGUCGUGGAAAGGAGACUGAGCAGAAGUCAACAUACUCGGUCGAACAAGACAUCCACGACCAUGGCGAGAAUCUCGUCGCCGGUGUCAUUGGCAAGACUGGUGAGGUGGUAGACGAGACCGGCAAGACUGUCGGCAAGGUUACAGAAGGCGAGGCUGGAGAACUCGUCGGCAACGUUGUCACCGCGACUGGCGACAUUAUCGGCAAAGAUGGUGGCAUCAUCGGCAAAGCGCUUCCACUCGGCGAAUUGACCGAGAGUGGUGAGAGCAAGGAAGUUGGUAGCUUCACCAUCAUGGGUGCCACCAAGGGUGUCAAGGGCAUCGUCGAUACUGUUGAUGGCACUGUUCAGACUGUCAACCGCACAUUACCGCUCGUCGGUGACCUGACAAAAGGCAUUGGUCUGGGCGAAGGCCAAGGCGGCGUUCUCGGCGGAGUCCUUGGGAGCGGCCAGGAUGAGAAGGAUUCUCAAGGAGGUCUUCUCGGUGGUGUUACCGGCGCUCUCGGCGGUGGUAAAUCCGAGAAGGGUGGUUCGGAGCAAAACCCUCUUGGAAGCCUUCUCGGGGGUGUCCUCGGCCAGAGCCAGAGCGGUGGCCCUCUUGGCGUGCUAGGAGGCAAUGAGCCCUUGGAGCGUGACCAGUCCGUGACCGACAAGGACGAGAAGCUUACCGAGCUGCUUGCCCAACAGAAGUCGGAUGUUGACGACAAAGCUUCUUUGACGGAAAACGCUAAGCAGAACCUAUUUGAAGUCAACGACACGACAUCAGAGGUCGCACCCAUCGACUUGCAAGAUGUUGAAAAGUCGCAAGCAGACGAUGGUAAGCCUACAACCGCCGGCGAAAACACCCAGACAGAGACUGAAGAUUCCCAAGGCGCCAAGACAGAUUUGACGGAGCAAUCGACUGUUGACGGUAAUGACGGCUUGCAAGAAGUGGAUGCCGAGCCCAUUGACGAACAGACCGAGGGUGCCGAGACAGUCAAGGAUGACGCCACACAAAAGGCCAGCACUGUCCCCGACGACAUUGCCACCCUCGACAUUCCUGUUUCUCAAAUUCCCGACGACUUGAAGAGCGAGCUUCCUGAGGAUGUUCAAACUGCCGACAUCCCCGUUUCCCAGAUCCCUUUCGAUGCUCAGUCCAAGCUCCCCACCGAUCUGGCGUCCAAGCUCCCGUCAGACUUGGGCUCCCAGCUUCCUGAAGACGCAGAGACUGGGACCAAGACUCCUCAGGGUACCACUACUGAGGAUUGGGCCAACCAACAAGAUCCUGCGAACCAGUCUCAAGUUCCCGAGAAUGCUGAGACAGGCGAGUUUCCGGAAGAUCCUGCAAACCAAUCUCAAGUUCCCGAGAACGCCGAGACAGGCGAGCUUUCGGAGGAUGCGAAGACUGGUGAUGUUCCCGACAUUGACGUUACUGCUGCGUCCGACUCUGCUCCCAAGUCCACCGUGAAGGAUGAUAUCAAGAGCGUCUUGAGCACUAUUCGUUCUGCCAUCCCCGAAGACCAACGUACUGUCACUGUUGCCGGCAACAAGCUUCUCCAGCCAUUCGAGAAGUUUCCUGGCGCUGAGAUUGACGAUGAAGGCAAGGUCAUUUUCGACAAUGCCUCCAUCGGUCGCGUCGCUGAGGGUGACCCUGCCGACCUGGUUGGCAUGACCAUCGACGCGGAGGGUAAUAUCGUCAACGAGCGCGGGAGCAUCAUCGGCAAGGCUGAGCUCAAGUCCGAAGUUGCUGAUGAGCUCCUCAAGGAUACCAUCGACUUCUCCAUUCUCAAGGGCGCCAAGGUCAACAAAGCUGGCAACCUUAUCAACGACAAGGGUGAAGCGGUUGGCCGUAUUGUUUCUGGCAUUCUCAAGCACCUUAUUGGCCGCAAGGCUGAUGAGCGUGGUGAGAUCUGGAACGAUGGCGGCAAGAUUAUCGGAAAGGCCGAGCCUAUUCCCGAGACUGAGCGUGAGGAGCUUGCCGAGCCCGCACCCUUCGAAGACUUCCCUGGAGCGACGGUAGAGUCCAAUGGCCAUGUCCUGUUCAACGGCGACAUUGUCGGACGUGUCGUCGAAGGUGACCCGAAGAAACUGAAGGGCAAAAAGGUUGAUGAGGACGGCGACAUCCUCGACAAGAGUGGCAAUGCCAUUGGCAAGGCCGAGCGUUGGGAGCCUGAGCCUGAGGCUGAGCCUGAACCCGAAGCGCCGGUCAUCAUUGACAACUCUGCUCUGGCUGGAAAGCGUGUCAACAAGGCAGGCAACGUUGUCGACAAGGACGGCACCAUCUAUGGCCGUAUUGUUGAGGGCGAUGUCAAGAAGUUGAUUGGACGCAUGUGCGACAAGGAGGGUAAUGUUCGCAGCGAGUCUGGAGACAUCAUCGGCCGUGCCGAGCUGAUCCCCGAGAGCGACCGUGAAGGUGCCAAGGAGGGUCCCUUCGCCGAGCUCCCUGGCUGCACCGUUGCCAAGGACGGCACCAUUGUCACUCCCUCCGGUGACAUUGUCGGCCGUCUUAUCCAGGGUGAUGCCAAGAUGCUUUUCGGGCGCCCCAUCGACGAGGAUGGCGACAUCCUCGACCGCAAUGGCAACCUCCUGGGCAAAGCCGAACGCUGGGAGCCUGAGGCUGCUCCUGAAAGGCAGAAGGGCCCAAUGGAGGGUCGCAAGGUCAACCGGAGCGGUGAAGUCGUCGAUGAAGAUGGCGACGUCAUCGGCAAGUUGACUUCUGGUGAGAUCAAGGCUUGCGCAGGCAAGCUCAUCAACGAGGACAAUGACGUUGUCGACUCCAAGGGACGCAUCGUCGGUCACGUCGAGCUUCUUGAGGAUAUUCCUGAGCCCAAGGGGCCCAUGGAAGGCAAGACCGUCAACAAGAAGGGCGAGGUUGUCAGCGACAGUGGUGAGAUCAUCGGAAAGCUUACCAGCGGUGAAUUGAACGUAUGUGCCGGCAAGAAGAUCAACGAAGACAAUGACGUUGUCGACUCCAAGGACCGUGUUGUCGGCCACGUGACCCUGAUCGAGGAUCUUCCUCAGAAAAAGGGUCCCAUGGAAGGGCGCCGUGUCAACCGACAGGGCGAAGUUGUUGACGAAGAUGGAAACAUCAUUGGUAAGCUCACUACUGGUGAGGUUUCCAUCUGCUCCGGCAAGGAGAUCAACAGCGACAACGAUGUUGUCGACUCAAAGGACCGUGUCGUUGGGCAUGUCUCCCUGCUCGAGGAGAUUCCCGAAGUUGAGGAGGAAGCGCCUACCGAGACCGAAGAGGAGAAGAAGGCUCGCGAGGAGGCUGAGGCUGACCGUAAGCUGGCCCGAAGCCUUGGUGGACUCAUUGAGCAGGGUCUAGAUCGUCUGCGUCCUCUUUGCAAGAUGAUUACACAAAAGAUUGAGGCUGCCGAGCGUAAGCCCAAGGAGGAGCGUGACGAGGAGCAGCUCGUGAAAGAUGUCAAGCCCCUCAUUGAAGAGGGUGGCAAAAUUCUCACCGAGUUGAACGGCAGCGUUCGCGCCUUGGACCCCGAUGGCCGCAUCCAACAGAACGCCAAGUCCAAGUCACAGACUCGUGAGGCAUCCCCCGAGGAGCACCACCUUGCCGAGUGUUUGAAAGAGUUGACCGGUACCAUCACCGAGACUGUCGAGGGUGCUAAGCGCAAGAUUGAGGAUAUGCCUCACGCCAAGAAGGAGCUCAACCCUCUCUGGGGUCUCCUUACCGAGCCGCUGUUCCAGAUUCUUGCUGCCGUCGGCCUGCUUUUGACCGGCGUCCUCAACCUGGUUGGUCGUCUUCUCAACGGCCUCGGCCUCGGCAAGAUUGUUGAUGGACUCUUGGGCACUCUGGGCCUGAACCGUUUGCUCGACGGGCUUGGCCUGGGCAGCUUGACCGCUGCUCUCGGUGGCGGCAAGAAGAAAUAA